GCUCCGGGACGCGACAUGCACCCCGACGAGGCGGAGCGGCCCGGCCGGGGGCGCGAGCAGGAGCCGGGCCUGGAGGAGUCGGCGGGCGACCACCCGAAGGCAGGCCCCGGGGGCCGCAAGGAAGAAAUGAAUGACUGUGCCAGUCCUGGGGACACGCCAGGCCAGAGUGAGCACAGACAGGGAGGGGACAGCAAGCCGGACGCUUCUGCAUCCUCCCAACGGGACGACAAGGAGGACCGGGGCCCCAGAAUGACUAAAAGUUUCUUGAAGAAAUUCUGCAAGCAACACAAGCUGUACAUCACACCUUCGUUGAAUGAUACCCUGUACCUGCACUUUAAAGGCUUCGACCGCAUCGAGAACCUGGAGGAGUACACGGGGCUGCGCUGCCUGUGGCUGGAAUGCAACCGGAUCGAGCGCAUCGAGAACCUGGGGGCGCAGGCCGAGCUGCGCUGCCUCUUCCUGCAGAUGAACCUGCUGCGCAGGAUCGAGAACCUGGAGCCGCUGCAGAAGCUGGACACCCUCAACCUCAGCAACAACUACAUCAAGACCAUCGAGAACCUCGCCUGCCUGCCCGUCCUGGACACGCUCCAGAUGGCCCACAACCACCUGGAGACGGUGGACGACAUCCGGCACCUGGAGCAGUGCCCGAAGCUCUGCGUGCUGGACCUGUCGCACAACAGGCUGGGGGACCCCGACAUCCUGAGCGUGCUCGAGCUGGUGCCCGACCUGCGGGUGCUGAACCUGAUGGGGAACCCCGUGAUCCGCAACAUCCCCUCCUACCGCAAGACGGUGACGGUGCGUCUGCGACAGCUCACCUACCUGGACGACAGGCCCGUCUUCCCCAAGGACAGGGCCUGUGCUGAGGCCUGGGCCCGGGGCGGCCUGGAGGCCGAGCGGGAGGAGCGGCAGCAGUGGGAGCACCGUGAGCGCAAGAAGAUCACGGACAGCCUGGAGGCCCUGGCCCUGAUCAAGCGGCGCGCGGAGGAGCGCAGGAGGCAGAAGGAAGAGGAGGAGGAGGAAGAGGACGACGAUGACGACGAUGAGGAAGAGGAGGAGGAGGAGGAGGACGGGGAGGACGAGAAGGAGGUGGUGGAGGACGCGGAGCGGCGGCAGAAGAUGGAGCGCUUCGUGCAGGAGAGCUUUGAGGCCAAGGACGAGCUCUUCCCGGAACCGCCUCGGAAGGUCGGGGGGCUGCCGCCGGCUGUCCAGGGGGACACCGAGAACCAGGAGCUUGGGGAGGUGCUGCCCCGUGGGGCCCGACGCCCGGCCCCUCCUGGCGCUGCCUGGCAGGGACCUCCCUGACCUGGAGGACACGGGUGUGGACAGCUGCCUGAAAGCCCAGGACCAGGCCCCGUGCCCCCCAAAGAUCACGGCCCUCUGCAGCCUGAGUGAGGACAGCGAUGCCGAGCUGGACUUCGACCCCCAGGGACACGCGCCCGGGGAUGCACCGUGCGGGAUAUUUGCAGCGCCCAAGGAUCCGGGGAGGCCGCUGGACACGCCCUUUGCAAACCUGCUCGCAGACAGCUCCCGGGUGGGGGAGGCGGGAGCCCCAAGAGCC